CAGUUUCUGUUUCUUUGGAAUAGAAUGAAGAUGUGGAGCCUUCAAAAUCAGUUAUUCGCCCUGUGCAUUGCUCUGAGCUGUGUAAGGAGUGCCGCAGAGGAGAUCCAUGUGUUUGGAUAUGAAGGCAAAGAAGUUCAUGUUCCUUGUCCCUAUCCAGAGGGUUAUGAAUCUUAUGAGAAGUACUUGUGCAGGAAUGACUGUAGUUACGAUGAUGUUCUCAUUACAACGACAGAAAGAAAGAAGAACAAAUACUCUAUCAAUGAUGUCGAUGUAAAACGGGUCUUCACAGCAACCAUCUCUGAUCUGAGUUUUAUGGAUGCUGGAAAGUACUGGUGUGGGGUGAGCAGGAAUGGAAAGGAUAUCUAUACUGAAGUACAGCUGGAAGUAAGACAAGACAGGUGCUGUGACCAAUCCACCAAAGUCCAAAGUUAUGAAACAUCUUCAGUGUCUAUUAGUUGUCCAUAUGAGCCAGAGUACCAGAACAACCUCAAGUACAUCUGCAGAGGAAACCAACCCUCCGCAUGUCAGCAGCAGGCAGUAGUCACCUCUGACAACAAUAGAAACGGACGGUUCAGACUCAAUGAUGAAAAGACUUUGAGGAAAUUCACAGUGACCAUUACUGGUUUGACCCGAAAGGAUUCUGGAUUGUACCUUUGUGGUAUCCAUAGAAACACCGGCCUGGAUGUUUUCUCUGCUGCUGAACUAGAAGUCAAAGAGUGGUGCUGUGUGCAGACAAAGAAAAUGAGCGGCACUGUGGGACGUCCACUAACUAUGCAGUGUCCUUAUCCCCCACAACAUCGGAAUAACAGGAAGUUCCUCUGUAAGGGAGACCACCGCAACAGCUGUGCCAACGUGGCGACUCAUCAAAGCAGGUUCUCACUGCAAGAUGAUGUUUCUUCCAGCUCUUUCUUGGUCAUAAUCACAGAGCUGAAAGCAGGAGAUGCUGCGACAUACUGGUGUGGCUCAGACUCACAGUGGAGUCCUGGAAACUACAUCGAGAUUCAACUGUCAGUAGUCUUUCCACGGCAGACCAGCACUGUGAUCUCUAACAGCACUGUGAUCUCUACCAGACCUGUGAUCUCCAACAGCACUGUGGUGGAACCUGUUGGAUCACAAUCAACAAAUAUCUCUGGCAAACAUUUCAAGGAUGCAGCGCUCUUUUACCCUGUGGUUUUUGUUGUGCCCGCUGUACUGAUCAUACUGAUAUUUCUGCUGGUCAUAGUUAUAUGUUAUAAAUACAAAAGUUACAAAGGGCAAGGAGCUGGAGUCAACAUGAACAGAAACCAAACCAAGUCAGCUGACAGAGAGGAAGUGAUCAGUGCAGAUGUAAGAAUACUGAACUCCAAAGCUUUGCUAGUGGAAACACGAGACUGCAAUGUUCAAUACAGUCCACAUUACAAACGUGUGGGACUGUCUGAUGAUUUUACUAUUUGUGGGGCUGGAUAUGUAAAGUUUGUUUUUUGGGUGUCAUUAACGGAACAUCAAUCAAAUCCAGUGAACCAUAAAUGUGCUUAGCAAAUUUCUCUGCAGUCUGUAGAUUGUCUUGUGAACUCUGACAUAAUUGGCUCGUGGGGGUGAUUGAGAAAACCUCAGGACCGAAAACUAAAGGGGUCCAUCCUCUUAGGAGCAUGACUGUGAUGAAAGAAUAUGAGGAUAAUAUUACUAUAUAAUAUUAUUCAAUUGUGAAAUAUUUUGGGCUCAACUGGACAUUUUGGCCCAAUGAUGGCAUUGGAGAAAAGAUCAAUAGGUCACCAAAAACCAAAAUUCUUUCUCUGGUUGCCAUGAAUAUCUAGAGGAAAGAUAAAGACAAAUCAUGCUGAUUUUUCAUUAAAAAAAUAGUAAGCCUUGCAGACUGCGUUGCAUGACUCUAUGGAUGACAAUGUUAGUCUGUAACGUGUUGGGUCAGUCAGUCCACCACAUCAGUCCAGACUGUAGUCUCUGAACAAUUAUUAGAUGGAUUGCCAUAACAUUUUGUACAGACAUUCACGGUGUCAAGGUGAUGAAUCCUGACCACUUUGGUGAUUCCCUGUCCUUUCAUCUAGCGCCAUCAUCAGCUCAAAAGUUUGCAGGUGCAUCUCAAAAAAUUACGAAGAAAAGUCUAAUUGUUUGUCUGGCCAUUCAUCAUCAUCAUCGGGUUUCAAAUCCAAAUUAAAGUCUUAAUAUGAAAUAUGAAUCGUCACCAACAUCCUACUAGUUUUCUCCCUAUCAUUUUCAAGAGUGCAGGUGCAUCUCAAAAAAUGUUUUUCCUAAAUUUUUUGAGAUACACCUGUGUGACCUGCAGAACUAAUAACGAUCCCAUCAGCCUAUGCUGUAAUUUGUGCUUGGUUGGCUAAUGUUAGCUUGCUAAGACGCUGAACUGACUGUCAAUGUAGUACUUUGCCAACAUUGUACUUGCUAAACAUCCACAUAUUAGUAUGUCAUUAUUUAUUAGUGGACCAAAUCCAUGACAACCCAGAGUUGAGACCAGGAGGCAGAGUCGCAGUCUAACACACUUCUCUGCCCUUCUAAUUCAGGAGUUACUUAAUGAAAAUCCUAUAAUUUGUCUUACUGAAACCUGGCUGGGUGAUGGAGAAUAUGUUAGCCUAAAUGAAUCCUAAAUGAAUCCACCCAGUCCACCACCCCAGUCAUAUUAAUACUCACAUUCC